GCUUCAAUGGUGAAUCAAACGACUGUUUUGGCUGUGACGGAUGAUGUGGUGCUGCCUGUUAGCUCUGUUCUAGCUAUAAUGAAAGAGCUUGCGAAGGAAGGGAUUCAAAGUUGUGAUCCUCUGAUUAUCACUCAAGCAUCCACAAUAAAUCAGGUUCCUUUGGAUUCUUCCUCAGUGGACUCGGUUUUAACCAUCUCCAGAACAUCUGACUUUCCCAGUGACAAAAUAUAUGCCGAGUUCUCAAGAGUUUUGAAGCCUGGUGGUAUAAUGUUUGUGUGCAAGGAGGGUGAAACCGGAGAACUGCAACAGACCCUUCAAAGGAGAGUGACGUUGGCUGGAUUUCUGGAGCCACAGUCUCUUGAUUUGAAAUCUAUUAAGUUAUCCAAGUUCAGCUUAUCCCUGGGGAUUAAGGCAAAGAAACCUUCUUGGAAGAUCGGUUCGUCAUUUGCUCUAAAAAAGCCUGCAAACACUCUCUUGAAGAUUAAUAUGGACGAUGACUCGGAUCUUAUAGAUGAAGAUUCUCUUUUGACAGAGGAGGACUUGAAGAAGCCACAACUUCCUGUUGCCAGCGGUUGUGAGACCACUAAGAAAGCUUGCAAGAACUGUGUCUGUGGUAGAGCUGAGAUAGAAGAGAAAGCUGUGAAGCUGGGCCUCACAGAGGAUCAGAUUGAGAAUCCACAAUCAUCAUGUGGCAGUUGUGGGCUUGGUGAUGCCUUCCGUUGCGGUACAUGCCCUUACAAGGGUCUCCCAGCCUUCAAACUAGGCGAGAAGGUAUCCCUAUCUCAAAACUUCCUUGAAGCUGACAUAUGA